AUGCCUGCGGCUGUAAAUUGCUUGGCAUUCACGCCUCCCACGACUCAGCCGCUCCUUGCCUGUGGUCGGGCGAAUGGAAAUAUUGAGAUAUGGAAUCCACGGGAUCAAUGGAAUUUAGAGAGAACCAUUCCUGGUGAAAAAGGCACAUCGAUCGAGGCCCUUAUUUGGGUACACCGAAAAACUUUACCGGAGUCAGACGAGUCGAAGUUUCGAACGGAGACUAAAAAAAAAAGAUUCUCGAGCGAACCCCUGAGAUUACUUUCCGGCAGUUCCAAUGGAAUGAUAAUCGAAUGGAACACGACAACAUUAAGACAAAAGAAAUCGUUUGAUUCACACGGUGGAGCGGUUUGGAGCAUGAAAAAUAAUUUUUCAAAUACCUUGCUUGCUGUCGGUUGCGAGGAUGGUGGUGUGCGCAUUUUUGAUAUUACCGACGAAGGACUGAUAUUAAAGAGGGAUCUCGCAAGAAACAAGGCCAGAAUUAUGUCGCUGGCUUGGGAUUAUGAUGAUAAUUUUAUAGUGACAGGCUCUUCGGACAGUAACAUCGUAAGAUGGAAUGUUUCCGCGGGAUUAUUCUCAACUAAAGGACAACUUGAAAUUCUGAAAAUGCGUGACGAUAUCAGAGAUGGCACAAUCGUCAGUGGAGAUUCGUUGGGUCACGUUUGCUUUUGGGAUGGGAAAGUCGGGGCCAUGCUGCAGAGGUUUAAAGCACACGACGCGGACGUGCUUUGCUUAACAUCCAACCUGGAAGGAACCGCCGUUUUCUCUUCAGGUGUCGACCGCAAAUGUAAUUUAUUUCGAAUUGUUGAUUCCGGCAUUUCGAAUAAUAAAGACAUUAGCAAAGCGCAUUCAUGGGUUCUGGUCGGAUUUCGGCGAACUCAUUUACAUGAUGUGAGAGCAAUUGCGCUAAGGGAAGAUCAGGCACUUGUUUCCGGAGGCGUAGAUACCGGAAUGGUGGUUUACUCAUUUGCCAAUUUUCUCAAGGGCAAUAUUCGAAGGUUACCUUUCGUCCCUCAAAAGCCUUUAAUUUCUAUUUCCAAAUCAAAACGCCUGUUGAUGUAUCGGAAUUUCAAUCAAAUAAAGUUGUGGAAGUUGGGGGGAGGCGUGCUACCAGAUUCAUGGCAGCUCGAAAAGAUUCCGCGUCUGGACAUGAUUAAACCGCAGCGAGCCGUUUUGGAAAUGACAUUUAAGGUAAAAAAUAUUUUUAAGACUUUCGAAGGUCAGAAAUCUCAUCACGACAAGUUCGCCGCCUAUUCAAUCAAAAUAGAAGGUAACUUUCAUCUCACCGCAAGCGCUAUAUCCGAGAAUGGUGAAUGGAUCGCUGUGGCAGAUGUAGAAACGGUGAAAGUUUUCAAGAUACAGGAAGACACAUCAAAUCCUGACAAGAUAUUGGUCCGUAAGAUAAAAUUCCCUCUGAACGUCACGGAUGGCCGUCGCAUUGGAGCGCAUCAAUUAAUAUUCACGCCGGAUGGGACCAAACUUGUGAUAGUUUAUAUCGAUUCAUCCACGGUGGUUACUGAACUCGGGGGUUGGCAAAAUGACGAAAUAAAAAUUUUAAAAAAAUUUAGCCAACACGUGCAACCGUCAGAUGGACCCGCAACGACCGUUAUUUCGAUAACCGUGAGCGACGACGGGAAAUGGUUGGCCACGGGUGAUCUUUUCAAUCGAAUCAAUGUUUACAACCUGGAAGACCUAGAGCAUCGGGCAACUCUUCCAAAAUAUUCGUCGACCCACACAUCAUUAACAUUUCAUCCGUCCCUUCCCCGUCUGAUAGUCACCCUGGCGUCCAAUCAAUUUUUGAUCUUUGAUAUUGAGUCAAUGAAGCUCACCGAUUGGUCACAAAAGCAUUUUCAAAACUUACCCGAUGAAUUUCUCAAGCUGGAGAACAGGAUCAUGGGGUGUGCUUUCAACCCCGACAAUGAAAAUUCCAUGAUACUUUGGGCAGCCGGCUAUUUCUGCCUGGUCGAUUUUGACAAGUGUAACGGGGAUCAAGAAGUACCACUAAUCUUGGCUCAUUGCAAUGGGUGGCAGAAGAAACCGCAGGAUCAGAGAUUCGAGAACGAGGGUGGCAUCAAUUUUCAACUCGUCCAAAGGUAUCAGCCUUUGUUGUUUGUUGAUUUCGUCGCGCCAAAUUCUAUGGUGGUCGUUGAAAGGCCGUUUGCAAUGAUUUUAGAAAAUUUGCCGCCAUCAUUCUACAAGGCACAUUAUGGCACUUGA